UGCGUCGGGUUCUCCGACGUCUCUCCCUCUCGGCCCAUAACAGGUUCCAAUAUUAAGGGUUGCCUAAUAUUCGUUCGAAUUUAGAUUUAUUUUUUGAUAUUCAAAUUAUAUUUGAAUAACGAAGUUCGGAGUCAAAGCCCUAAUGCACAGUAUGAAGGGUACUUAGUGUGUUUUUAUGUCAACAUGUUAGUGCUUAAAUACCAUAAUACUUCAUUUUUCAGCUCCCCUUUUUUCAAAAAUCAUAGAAAUAUUAUUGUAAUGGAAAGUCAUGAGAUAGUAAGUUGGGUAGUCCUGCAAUAAAUGAUGACGAAACGAUAUCCACAAAUCCUAACUUCCAGAUGGUGUUUGUUUUUCAGAAGGAGGCAUCAGAGAGCAGUCUCCCCUGGACCCAGCUGUGUCUCCAUGAAGAGUGACUGCUCUAUGGCUAUACCUGAUAACUUUAAAGAUGGACGGCCCUCCAGAGAGAAGAGGUAGGAGUUUCAAACAGACGAUAAAAGAGACAUGUUGGUUGUUAUCAGACCUUACUGAUACUGAUGUUUACAAGUCUGGAAAAAUGUGUGUGUGUGUGUGUGUGUGUGUGUGUGUGUGUGUGUGUGUGUGUGUGUGUGUGUGUGUGUGUGUGUGUGUGUGUGUGUGUGUGUGUGUGUGUGUGUGUGUGUGUGUGUGUGUGUGUGUGUGUGUGUGUGUUCUCCACAGACAUCAGGAGCGGUCAAAGGUUACCAGUGCUCAGUCUGUAGAGCAGCAUCAAACAGAGCUGGAGAUGAACCAGAAGGAACUGGCCGACACACUGUGGGGCGAAUCUGCUGCUGUCGAGUGCCAAACUAAAUUGAAGUCUCGUUUGAAGAAGAAGUUGUGGAGUUUGGAUGAGGGAAUCACACAACGAGAGCAAAGACCUCUGAAUGAGAUCUAUACAGAGCUCUUCAUCACAGAGAGAGGCAGUGGAGAGGUCAACCAGGAACAUGAAGUCAGACUGAUUGAAACAGCUUCCAGGAAACCAGCCAUGAAGGAAACACCAAUCAGAUGUGUGGACAUCUUUAGACCCUUACCUGGACAAGAUAAACCAGAUGAACCAAUCAGGACAAUAAUGACAACUGGAGUGGCCGGCAUUGGUAAAACCGUCUUAACACAAAAGUUCACUCUGGACUGGGCUGAAGGCAAAGCCAACCGUGACAUAAACUUCACAUUUCUCCUCACUUUCAGAGAGCUGAAUUUGCUGAAAGAGAAAGAGUAUAGCUUGGUGGAACUUCUUGAUCACUUCUUUAUUGAGACCAAAGAAGCAGAAAUCUGCAGAUUCCACGUUGUCUUCAUCUUGGAUGGUCUGGAUGAGUGUCGACUUCCUCUGAACUUCCAGAACAACCCGAUCUGGACUGAUGUCACAAAGUCCACCUCAGUGGACGUGCUGGUGACAAACCUCAUCAGGCGCAACCUGCUUCCCUACGCUCGCAUCUGGAUAACCACACGCCCUGCGGCAGCCAAUCAGAUCCCUGCUGAGUGUGUUGACAGGGUGACAGAGGUGAGGGGGUUCACCGACUCACAGAAGGAGGAGUACUUCAGGAAGAGAUUCAGAGAUGAGGCAUUGGCCAACACAAUCAUCUCACACGUCAAGAAAUCACGAAGCCUCCAAAUCAUGUGUCACAUCCCAGUCUUCUGUUGGAUCACUGCUACAGUUCUGGAGAACAUCUUAAAAACAUCCAAGAGAGGAGAAGAGAUGCCCAAGACCGUGACUCAGAUGUACAGCCACUUCCUGAGAGUUCAGUCCAUACAGGGGGACAGGAAGUACCCUGGGAGAUUUGAAACAGAUCCACACUGGAGUUCAGAGAGCAGGGAGAUCAUCGUUUCUCUGGGAAAACUGGCUUUUAACCAGCUGGAGAAAGGCAACCUGAUCUUCUACGAGGCAGACCUGGAAGAGUGUGACAUCGACAUCAAAGCAGCCUCAGUGUACUCAGGAGUGUUCACCCAGAUCUUUAAAGAGGAGUUUGGGAUGUACCAGGCCAGGGUGUUCUGCUUUGUCCAUCUGAGCAUCCAGGAGUUUCUGGCUGCUCUUUAUGUCUUUCUGUUCUUCAUCGACACUGGUAUCACUCUGCGCUCUGGGGAAAAUAAACUCCUCCUCCUCUACCAGAAUGCUGUGGACGAGGCCUUACAGAGUGAGAAUGGACACCUGGACUUGUUCCUCCGCUUCCUCCUGGGCCUCUCUCUGAAGACCAAUCAGAUUGUCCUACGAGGUCUGCUGGGACAGACAGGAACUAGCUCACUGACCAAUACAGAAACAGUGUCUUACAUCAAGGAGAAGAUAGAUGGAGAUCUCUCUCCAGAGAGAAGCAUCAAUCUGUUCCACUGUCUGAAUGAGCUGAACGACCGUUCUCUAGUGAAGGAGAUCGAACAUUACCUGACAUCAGGAAGUCUCUCCGGAGAAUCUCUCUCUCUUGCUCAACUGUCAGCUCUGGCCUUCAUCCUACUGACAUCAGAAGAGGAGCUGGACGUGUUUGACCUGAAGAAAUACUCUGCUUCAGAGGAGGGUCUUCUGAGGCUGCUGCCAGUGGUCAAAGCCUCUAAAACAUCUCUGCUCAAUGGCUGUCAUCUGUCAGAGAGAUGCUGUGAAGCUCUGGCCUCAGUUCUCAGCUCCAACUCCUCUAGUCUGAGAGAGCUGGACCUGAGUACCAAUGAUCUGCAGGACUCAGGAGUGAAGCUGCUCUCUGCUGGACUGGGGAGUCCACACUGUACACUGGAAACUCUCAGGCUCAAUAGCUGUCAUCUGUCAGAGAGAUGCUGUGAAGCUCUGGCAUCAGUUCUCAGCUCCAACUCCUGUAGUCUGAGAGAGCUGGACCUGAGUACCAAUGAUCUGAAGGAUUCAGGAGUGAAACUGCUCUCUGAUGGACUGGGGAGUCCACACUGUACACUGGAAACUCUCAGCUUGUCUGGCUGCCUGGUCACACAGGAAGGCUGUUCUUCUCUGGCCUCAGCUCUGAGCUCCAACCCCUCCCAUCUGAGAGAGCUGGACCUGAGCUACAAUCACCCAGGAUACUCUGGAGCUGCGCUGCUCUCUGCUGGACUGGAGGAUCCACGCUGGAGACUGGACACUCUCAGUGUGGAGCACGGUGGUGUGUUGAGGCUGAAACCAGCUCUAAAGAAGUAUGCCUGUGAACUCACACUGGACUCCAACACGGCCUACAGACGACUCUCUCUGUCUGAGGACAACAGGAAGGUGAUGGUGGUUGGAGAGGACCAGUCGUAUCCGGAUCACCCAGAGAGAUUUGACCUCCAGCCCCAGGUGUUGGGUAGAGAGGCUCUGACUGGCCGCUGUUACUGGGAGGUAGAGAGGAUAGGAGGUGUUGAUAUAGGAGUGACAUACAGAGGAAUCACAAGGAGAGGAGGGGGUGAUGACAGCUGGCUUGGAGGGAACAACAAGUCCUGGAGUCUUUAUUGUUUUGAAGAUGGUUACUCUGCCCGGUACAACGGUAGAGAGUCAGUCCUCCCUCUCCGCCCCGCUGGCUCCACCAGAGUAGGAGUGUAUCUGGACCGGCCUGCUGGCUCUCUGUCCUUCUACAGAGUUUCCCCAGGUGGAGGAGGGUCCUCAGACACACUGACACACCUCCACACCUUCUGCUCCUCCUUCACCCAGGAGGACCUCCUCCCUGGGCUCUGGUUAGGGGUGUUCAAAAGAUUGGAGGACUCCUCAGAUUCUCCCUCCGGGACCCCCAGGUCGGGGUUCGAAUCCUCAGUGCCUACCCCCUGGGUCGACUCCUCAGAGUCUCCCUCCGGGGCCCCCAGGUCGGGGGUCGGCUCCUCAGUGUCUCUGUGUCGGUUAUAGACACACAGGACCUCC